CUGCUUUUCCCGGGCUGUUCCCGCAGGGAUGGGAAGCCCUCGGCGCGGAUGGUGCUGCUGAAGGGCUUCGGGCAGGAUGGAUUCCGCUUCUUCACCAACUACCAGAGCAGGAAGGGCAGGGAGCUGGAUUCCAAUCCCUUCGCUUCCCUGGUUUUCUACUGGGAGCCGCUCUGCCGCCAGGUGCGGAUCGAGGGCUCGGUGAAGCGGCUGCCGGAGGAGGAAUCCGAGCGCUACUUCCACUCCCGGCCCAAGGGCAGCCAGAUCGGGGCUCUGGUCAGCAGGCAGAGCUCCGUCAUCCCCGACCGCCAGUUCCUGAGGAAGAAGAGCGCGGAGCUGGAGGAGCGCUACCGGGACACGACGGUGCCCAGGCCAGAGUAUUGGUGAGGGUGGGGGGCUGAGCCCCCCCAGAGCCCCUCCUG